CGUUCUGCCUUCUCCGCCUCACUAAGCCUCGCUGAGUCUUACAAGGAAGCAGCACGACACUCAGACGUGUUUUGACAUCUUUCCUGUGAAGAUCUUUGAACCACCUCCUCACAAUGAAAAGAGCGGUUGCCCAGUCUAAAUUCAAGGACAUCAUCUCCAAAAGUCUCCUCAUCCAAUCAGGGCCCCCAGCUGUCUACCAACUACAGCCAAAACAAGAGGACUUUGGACCUCUGACUAGAAUGACCCUAGGAAAGAGAAACUUGAACAAGGCAAAUAGAACCGUGUUGUUGGUUGGUGAAACAGGGGCAGGAAAGUCUACCAUUAUUAACUCUCUGGUCAACCACGCCAUUGGAGUCAAAUUUAGCGAUGAAAUAUGGUUUCACAUCGUAAAAGACGAACCGAGAGGGCAGACUGAGAGUCAAACAUCAGAUGUGAUUGUCUACGAGAUCUUUGGGUUUGAGGAUCACACUCUUCCUUUCUCUCUUACCAUCAUUGACACGCCUGGAUUUGGAGACACCAGAGGGAUAGAAAAAGAUAUUAUUGUCAGUCAAAGAUUGUUUGACUUGUUUCGAUCUGAUGACGGGAUCAACGAGAUUCACGCUGUUGGUCUGGUGGUUAAGUCCACGGACAAUCGAGUGAAUGAUCGCCUGUCAUACGUCUUCAAUUCAGUCAUGUCUCUGUUUGGGAAGAACCUUGAGAAAAGCAUUGUGGCUCUCAUUACUCAUUCUGAUGGAAGAACACCCAAGAAUGUUCUUCAAGCGCUGGAAGCUACACAUAUAAAAUGUGCCAAAAAUGAAAAGAAUCAACCAAUUUACUUCCUUUUUGAUAACUCCCAAGCUGAAGACCGAUCAGAAGACGAGGAAUUCCUUAAAGUUUCUGAUGAAAUUUCACAGAAAGGAAUGAAAGCCUUUACAGGCUUCUUGGAGAAGAAAAGAGCCCAAAAACUGUUGAUGACCACGGAUGUCCUGAACGAACGCAUCAGCCUGAAAGCCUGCAUCCAAAACCUGCAGGAGAGAAUCCUGUUAACUGAGCAGAAGGAAAAGGAACUCGUUCAAACCCACGAUGCUCUGGUAAAACAAGUAGAAGACAUGAAGAAAUCUGACGUGGUCACUGUUGAGGUUGAUGUUGUCUGCAAAGAAAAAGUGCCAAUUAAAAGUAAAGGUUUUUUGAAGUACAGUUUGUUUGAGAAAGCAAUGGUUUGCACUGUCUGUCAGGAGAACUGCCACUAUCCCGGCUGUACAUUCAGUCUAAGCCCUCAACAUUGUGAGGUCUUCAAAAAAGGCCACUGCACUGUCUGCACUGGAAAAUGUCCUGCGUCGGGUCAUGUGAAAGAAAACUGGAGAUAUGUAAUAAAGAUAAAAAAGGAAAAGAAGACCAUAGAGGUUAAGAAAAGGCUGAAGGCAGGCGAGGUUGACCCUGAAACCAGGUUCAAUAUCGUAAAAAGUCUCGCUAACGACAUACAGAAACUCAAAGCAGAGAGGAUCCAGCUUGUCUUAGAAUCUUACCAACAUGUCAUCAGACUAGAGGAGAUCGCUCUUAAAGCGAAUUGUGUAGCCACUUAUAUUCACUUGGAUUUUUUGAUUGACAAGUUGAAGGAAAUAAGGGACACAAAGAAGGUUGAGAAGCUGGAGGAGAUGAGAAGCCAGAUGGAUGAAGGAACUAAAUUAGCGCUGCAGUAUAUGUGGAGCAAAACAUCAGGAAAUGAGUAAAAACAAAGAAAAAUCACAACCCCACCAUGGCAGGGCAAACAAUAAAGCUUCAACAGCCUCCUGUCCUAUGGAGAGCUCCUUAUAAAUUAAACUAUCUUUAUAAUGUGAUCACAUAUUCACUUUUAAAUAUUACCUCUUUACUCGUAAUUUUCCUCAAAUGUUACAUUUUACUGUCGGGAUAUAUUUUUCUUCAGCUGUUGUCUUUAUUCGUAUAUUUUCUAAUGAUCAAACAUUAAUUAACCCACUGCAAUAAAAGUGGCUUCUACUGCAGAAGAACGGAACAUUUUGCCUUUACUUUAACUAGAAAAUGGUGGCUUUGUUUAUCUCAUUAUUUGAAACUUUUAAGCAUUUUGAUUUAUUGAAAAAUAUAGUUGUGAGGUUCUAUUGUUUUCCUAAGUAUGCUGAAUUUAGAAUGUAAGACUAUGGUUUAUUUCUUAUAUCAAUGAUUAAACUCUUUCCUCAACAUAAUUCCUAUAUUUUUCCAAACUAUUCUGUAUUAAUCGUCAGUUUUCUGUACAUAAUGGUAGCUCAAUAAAAUUGGUUUGCUUGAAAUAUG